GCCAUGUCUCUUUCUUCACACUUUUCAAGACUUUCGCAAUGGCUUUGUCUGCGAUUAGACAGCCUGCGCUUCGAAUCGCGAGCAGACAAUACCCCGCAUUAUUGAAAGGUAGCACCACUUUCAGAGCUACCUUCUCGACGUCGCCGAGAUGGCAGAUACACACCAAGGAGAUGACUGAACAGCACUUCAAGGAUCUGAAAGUAAACCAGCAACGUUUGAUGGAAGACAUUCACCACACUUGCAAAUGGGGAACGGGUGAACGAUGGGGCGAGGCGCCUACGGAAACUGGAAUGUCUCGUCUUGCCCUGUCAGAUAGUGAUAAGCAAGCAAGAGAUUGGUUCGUGGAGACGACGCAGGCUUUGGGCUGCAAGACUACAGUCGAUGAGAUGGGUAACAUCUUCGCAGUCCGACCAGGUUUGAAGAAUGAUAAGCCACCCACAUAUGUUGGAAGCCACUUGGACACGCAGCCGACAGGUGGUCGGUAUGACGGUAUCCUUGGUGUUACGGCUGGUGUAGAGAUGCUGAAGGUUCUGACUGAUAACUGGGUCGAGACUGAGUAUCCUGUCGGUGUGGUGAACUGGACGAACGAAGAAGGUGCGCGCUUCCCAAUGUCUAUGGUGUCCUCUGGUGUGUGGGCUGGCUCCAUACCUCUCGAGAAGGCACACAACCUUCGCGAAGUACACCCAGGGACCGCGACCCAGAAAUCCGAGCUUGAGCGUAUUGGCUACCUUGGAACGACACCAGCAAGCUAUGAGGCCAUGCCCAUGGCCGCACACUUUGAGCUUCACAUCGAGCAAGGCCCGCUCCUCGAAAUGGCCAACAAGAAGAUUGGUGUUGUGACAGGCGUACAAGCCUACAAGUGGCUCACCGUCCACGUCAAAGGCCGCGACACCCACACCGGCACCACCGACCUGAAGUCGCGCGCAGACGCCCUCCUCGCCGCCUCGAAAAUGAUCCUCCACUCGCACAAACUCGCCACCACCCACAGCGCCCUUGCCUCAACCGGCAUCCUCAACCUGAAGCCCGGCUCUACCAACACAGUCCCCGGCUCCGUAACCUUCAGCCUCGACAUCCGGGCCAAGAAAGACGCGACUGUCGCUGAACUAAAAGCCCUCCUCGAGCGCGACUUCCCCCGAAUUGUGGCAGGCGAAGAUGUAGACGGUAUCAACUAUGGGUGCACACGCGGCCUCCCGCUCUCCGUUACGAUCACAGAGGACUUCGACUCGCCGGCCACAACGUUCCAUUCUGACUGCAUCGACGCGGUGCGGAAGUCCGCGUACUCUGUUCUGGGCCCUGAUAGUCACAACUUGGUUUUGGAGAUGACGAGCGGUGCCGGGCAUGAUAGUGUGUAUGCGAGUAAGCGGUGCCCGACGAGUAUGAUUUUUGUCCCGUGUAGGGAGGGUGUGAGCCAUAAUCCGAGGGAGUUUUGUGAGGAGGUGGAUUGUGCGAUUGGUGCGCAGGUGUUGCUGGAGAGUGUUGUGCGGUUCGAUAGGAUGAGGGAUGAGAGGAGAGUUACGUGGAAACAGGAGCCUUAUACGCUUUGAUCGUUGUGUAAAUGUAUCGAGCCUGUCAUAACAAUUGUGUCUUUGUAGUUCGUUGCGCUUGUAGCUUUGUAUUGCCCGCUGUACUCGCCCUUUUCGGUUUCACCAACGCCGAGUCGUUGGGUCGCAGGUUCUUUACUGCCACGAAUAGAAUGGCUACAUGGGCGCCGGCCCACCAUGCACUAAGCUCGUAGACCAAUUCUGCAAAUUAUAUGGAGC